AUGGAGGGUUUUGUGGCGCCACGAGCGCCCGGCACGCUCCAGACCCGGCGAGUGGGGCCCCAACCCAGUAUUGCGGCAGUCGCAGCACCAGUUGCCGAUCCCAGCAAAGCUGCAGUCGGCAGGGACAGCUUUACCCUCGGGCUGUGCGCCGUCUCGAUACCCUUGCUCCUGCGGCGGCACACACGUGCACAGCACAGAUGUGCAGCACGGGCGACGCGGGCCGUCGAAGUUGCGGUCACCGAUCGAGGUGCGAGCUUCACAGAAAGCAGGGCCUCGGAAGCAGCCCACCACCAGAGUGAGGUCAAGCAGGAGCCUUCUGCAGUGGUUGACCAAAGCCGCCUUGGUGUCCGCAAUCCGCGGUUUGUAAGCAGGGCUGAGCGAGCGCCUUGGGGGCCUUUGCCCUAUGCGGUUGCAACGGAGGAGAUGCUCGCCGAGCCGCAAGUGGAGUUGAUUGUGGUCGCAUGUGUGCUUCUAUCCUCUCUGAUCGUCGCGCUGGAGACGCUUCCCGUCCUUAGCCAACCAGGCUGGCAAGACGUGGCGACUUUGCUAGCUGGCCUGGAGAACGGGAUCUGCAUUGUGUUCAUGAUUGAAUUCGCCUUACGGUGGUACUCGCGCUCACUGCGGCCGACCUACAUUCUGAAGCCGUUGGUGAUAAUUGACAUCCUCGCAUUCCUCCCCUUGCUGCUCCGCCUCAUGGGCAUCACGCAAUCAGACACCAUGGCCGCAGUCAUUGCUGGUGUCAGGCUGCUUCGCGUCUUUCGGCUCCAGCGGUUUCUUCAAGACUACGAUGGCUUUUUGACACUGGCAUCGAAAG